CGAAGUGGAAGGGGAACAAGUCCAGAUCAGAAGUGACAGUUUUAAUUUUCCUCGAUUUUUACUAAAAAAUGAGUUUUUUCCAAAGAAUAAAUGUAUUAAAAAUAAUCGCUUGAAUGUAGUGUCGAUAUAGUGCAAGAAAACUACACGAAAUAGUAUACAAGGUACUUACAAAAGCCCUGUGGCUUUCUACCUCAUGUAAACAUUGCCAAGAACGUUUCAGAUUAGUCUUUUAAUUUCUUUAUUAUGGAAAAAUCUAGUGAACUGUUUCAUUUCUUGAACUUGACUUUACAAUGUUUCGAAAAUUACAAAGAACUGUGAAAAUUAGGUGUAAUCAAUCACGAAAACCUGAUGUUAAUGUUAUAUGGGUCAGUGUUUUAGUGUUAGCAGAGCCCAGGAUGCACCUCAGCCAAGACAUGGUAUUAAAACUUAUUUAGUACAGCAAGCAUCCGAAACAGCUUUAUCAGACAACAAAAUUGAACAAUCCAUUGACAGUGUAAUGGCAACAUCAUUCACUAAUAUGAAUAUUACAAAUCCUAUCAAAGGACUUGUUAGUAAAAGAAGAAAUAGAUACAAGAAGGACGGUUUCAAUCUAGAUUUGACUUAUAUAACCGAAAAUAUAAUAGCUAUGGGAUACCCGGCUUCAAAAAUAGAAGGCGUAUACCGUAAUCACAUAGACGACGUGGUGAAAUUUCUCGACAAGAAACACCCCGACCACUACUACAUCUACAAUUUAUGUUCGGAACGUAGUUACGAUAAAAUCAAAUUCCACAACAGAGUGAAAAUAUUCCCCUUCGACGAUCACAAUCCCCCCAAAAUCGAUUCGAUCAAACCCUUCUGCAACGACGUCCAGGAAUGGUUGUCGAAAGACAAGAAGAACGUCGCCGUGGUCCAUUGCAAAGCCGGAAAGGGUAGAACCGGAACGAUGAUAUGCUGUUAUCUUCUACACAGCGGUAUGUACAAGACAGCGGAAUCGGCUUUGAAUUAUUACGGGCAAACUAGGACCCAGGAUAAGAAAGGAGUGACGAUUCCGAGUCAAGUACGUUACGUGCAGUACUACGAGACUUUGUUUAAAAAUCAACUCGAUUAUACCCCGGUUUCUAUGUACAUAAAGGAGUUUAUACUUAAUCCGGUGCCGAAUUUUACGGGAGGACAGGGUUGCCUCUCUUUAACUAUAUCCCAUCAAACUCUAUUUAAAGAAGGAGACAAGUACACGCCGAAAGUGCAAAAAUUGAAAAAGAACGAUACGUACGAAGUGAAAAAGAGCGACACAUCUUUUACGAUAAAAUUGGAUUACUGCCUACCAUUAAAGGGCGAUAUAAAAGUAGAAUUUUAUAAUAAAACGAUGAUGAGGAAAGAGAAACUCUUCCAAUUUUGGUUCAACACGUUCUUCAUCAGCAAUACCAUGAACGGUUUUCUAUCGAGGAACGGGAGCGGCGAUGAAGUUUGUUACGUCGUCGAUUUCGAGAAAAACGAAUUGGACAUUGUGAAUAAGAAGGACAAACAGAACAAAAUGUUUCACGCGGAUUUUAAACUUACGAUACUUCUUCAAAGGAUCCCCCGAGACGAUUGUUGUCCGACGUCGUACGAACGCCACCCCCACGCCCAAGACACUCCCAGCGAAAGUUCAGCCGAAUCUUCGGACGAUUACACGAAUGAAGAAGAAGAUUGGGACAGCGGCGAAGGAAAUUCCCUAUUACCUAAACACGAACCCUGUGAUUCCUCUAAAAGUUGAUCUUCGAUUAUUUACUGAUUCACAUAAUACAUAACUGUAUAUAUAUAUAUAUAUAUAUAUAUAUAUAUAUAUAUAUAUAUAUAUAUAUAUAUAUAUAUAUAUAUAAAGUUUGUUAGAUUGUACAUUGGCGUGUACAGAUUUUUGUUUUCGCUUCGGACGUUUGUUACAGGGUAUAGCGGAAGCUCAGUUUUAGGUUAGGUUAUCGAAAAUAAGAAGGGUGUGUGCCGAAAUGACGGUAGAUACUGUACGUUUUGUUGCCCUGAGAGAGUUUAUUUGAACGAAAAAAUGUUGAAAUUAAAAAAAAAACGUUGGGGAACGAAGAGUUUCGAUUUUUUUUGUACUCCGGUGUCUAUAAGUAUUUGUACGAUGCUUGUUGUUUAUGUUUUGGUUCGGUUUUUCAAUUACCGUGUGUUUGUUUCGGUUUUCGAUUUUUGUUUCUACUUAAAAUCGAGCGUUUUAAACGUUUUUGCCUUAUUUCUACUCUAAAACACGUUUUAAUAAAUUUUUACUAUUUAUUAUCACAAAACAUUAGUUUUAGACCUAUUGUUUACUACAAAACUUGGUUUUCCACUAAUUUUCAUCUAUUUCUCACUCUAAAAUGUGUGUAUAGUGAUUUUUUAUUCUUUCUUAUUCCAAAAUAUGUGUUUUGGCUAAUUUUUUCCUCGAAUCUAUAGUUUCAACUAAUUUUGUAAUACAAAACGUGUGUUUUAACCAUUUUUCUACUGACAAACGUGUGUUUCAGCCAAUUUGCUCCACUUUUCGUAUUCAAGUCACGAGUUUCAAUCCAUUCCCUAACCUAAAACGUGUUUCAGUCAAUUCUUCACUCUAAAGCACGAGUUUUUUUCAUAUCUUGUGUUGCAUCGAAUAUUUGGCACAUUUCUUAUUACAUGAGUUUCAAUCCAUUUUCUAAUCUAAGGUAUGUGUUUCAACUAAUGUUUUACUAGAUCAAAACAUGAAUUUGAAGCAAUUUUCUUUUCGAAAACAUGUGUUUUAAUCAAUUUUCUACUGUCAGACAUGUGUUUUAGCAAUGUUUCUCUCUAAAUCACGAGUUUUGACUAAUUUUCUACUCCACAUCUUGUUUUUCAUCAUAUAAUGAAUACUUUCAAGUUUCGGUUUAUUAUCUAACCUAAAAUAUGUGUUUUAAUGAAUGUUUGGCGUUUUUCCAUCCCAAAACCAAUUUUCUCGUGUCAAACGUGUUUCAGUCAAUUAUUGCAAGUUUCUUCUUCAAAAUAUGAUUUUUAAUUCAUUUUCUAACCUAAAAUGUGUGUUUUUUACCAAUUUUUUUAUGCCAAAA